GUUGCUUGAGGCCCCAAACGGAAGUGCGUUGCUUGCCAGUCUCGUAAUUUGCUUAAGAGUCUCGCCUCCUGCUCUUGGGAAAGAAGCGCGGUAGUUGCAUUGGUGCUUUGUCAAUUUGCAGGUUACUACUGGAUGAAUGAAUCACCUGUGUGCUCUGCAAGGACAAGAGGACACAUGGAAUCUCCUGUUGACAUUCUGCUGUAUAAGCACUGAUGAGACUGGAGUGUCCUGUGUUGAUAUAUUUUCUGAAACCAGACUGCUGGUGUUAGAGACUUGUAGCGUACUUUGGUGGCCUAUAGAAAGUUGAGCCUGUUCUCAUUCUUGGAAACCAUAACCUUCUGGAGCCAUGAAAGUUCUUACUAGCUCUUUGUACAGGAAGCUUUUGAGUUUGUUUCCUCAUUUUGGGAAGAGUCCUGCCAAAGGCUCCAAUCUAAAUCCCUGUCACAGACUGCUACGAAAGUAUUUCUGUUAUAAGGCAGGUGUGGUUACAGCUGCUGACUUGGUCAACUACUGGCAAGGCGUGUUUGAAGUGAAUGAGAUCCCCGAAGCACAGGCAUCUUCCGAAUAUAUUGUUUCUCAUGUCCUGGGAGCAAAAACAUUCCAGAGCUUGAAUGCCAGCAGCAUCUCUACUCCCCUCUCUGCAAAGCAACAAGAACAGAUCCAGCAGCUAUGUGCAAAACGGCUACAAAGGAUGCCAGUGCAAUAUGUUCUGGGUGAGUGGGAUUUCCAGGAUCUGACACUCAAGAUGAAACCUCCAGUCUUCAUUCCUCGACCAGAGACAGAGGAACUGGUCUCCCUUAUUGUGGAUGAAGAAUGCAGGAAGCGAUCGACCUCAGCAAACUGCAAGCAUCCCCAGCUGUCUCCAGAGAACAAUGGGCUUGUGAUCCUGGAGGUUGGCUGUGGCUCAGGGGCGAUUGCUCUGAGUCUUCUGAAGAAGCUGCCUCAUAGCAGAGUCAUUGCCACAGAUAAAUCACAAGCUGCUGUGAAUCUCGCCAGGGAAAAUGCAGCAAGGUUACAUCUGCAGGACAGGGUAAAGAUCCUUCACCAUGAUGUGUCUUCAAGUUCCUGGGAAUGCCUACUGCCCUGGGGUUUGAUAGAUAUUAUAAUCAGUAAUCCACCAUACAUUUUCCAUGAAGACAUGACUCAGUUGGCGGCAGAAAUCCUCAGAUAUGAGGAUCUUGGUGCACUGGAUGGAGGAAAGGAUGGGAUGAGUGUAAUAAAACAGAUUCUGAAAUUGGCUUCAUACAUCCUCAAGGAUGGCAGGAGUGUGUUUCUAGAAGUUGACCCCAGGCACCCAGAGAUGGUGGAGAACUGGCUGUGCAGUCACCCCGACUUGCUUCUCUUUGUGUCUGCCACCCAUAAUGACUUUUGUGGAAAGCCACGGUUCCUGCAUAUUCAGAAACAUGAGGGAGAAAACAACAGAAGAUACUGAAUGAGUUCUGUCAUCCCAACACAGCUGCCUUUAGUGUUAGUCAACACAGAAAAGAAUCCUUCUGUUAGACUUCAGUGCUGCAAUAGGGAUGGGAGUUUGGAACCUGUACCAGUGAACUCUGACGGUAUAUUCUCAAACAGCCAGUAAGAACACUCCAUGCUGGUGGACAUUCAGGUGAUCAGCAGGCCCCGUUGUGUGAUAGAUGUUAUGUAGAGAAAGUUUCAAACUGGCACACGGUCGUUGCUGUUCUCACAUGAAAGGUGUUUGCUCUGCAUCCAA